AUGCCUCUCAUCCACGACUCCCACGAUUCGCUCCCUUACAUCGAUGCCGCCCCAACAGCGUCCGCGCACGCGCGCGCCCAGCAGCUCAUAACCGCCGAGCUCUCACCCGAGCACAGCACAACACUGCACCCCUGGAUCCCCGCCUUACCAGAGCCAAAUUUUACACCAACAAUGGCCCAAGAGCUAUCUCGCAAAGCAGCCGGCACCCCUCUAACAGGCAUCGAUUUAUCGCGGUACGAAGCGCCCGAAGCACCUACGGGCAGCGAUCUCGACGCGUGGCGCGAAACCCUACGCAAGGCGUACACGUCCAGCGUGCAUUUGUCGAAGCGGUAUGAGAAUCUCGCGCUGCUGGAGGAGGGCGGGCGGAAUGCUUGGUUGGUGGGCAACUCGCAGCUGGAGGAUAUUCUUUCCAGCAUGGAGAAAGAGCUGGCGGAGAUGAAGGAGGCUGCGGAGGAAGUUAAUCGGCAGAGGAAGAUUGCGCAGGAGGCUAGCGCUGGCGAGUUAGUUGCGCUUGAGGAGACGUGGAAGAGGGGGGUUGGGGCUAUCCUGGAGGUUGAGGUUGCGGCGGAGGAGUUGAGGGGGAAGAUUCUGGAGGUUAGGAGGGAGAGGGCUCAGCAGGUGGGACAGUAG